UUUCACUACUCAGGUAUUCUUGCAGUUGGAGUUGACAAACUCAUAGGCUCUGCCACAAAAUUAGUUAUUAUCUAAAAACCUGUACCUGCACUAACUACCCACCUUCAGCCUUCCCCAUAUGGACCCCCAAUAGGCCAUAGCAUCCUCUCAAUCUCUCUCAUGGCCCUGAGUAAGAGAACUUUGUUUUUCUAAAUGCGAUAGUAAAUAGUUCUUUGAAGUUUGAGCCUUAUUGUAUUACCCCUUUUCUGCUAUGGUCCAUAUGAUAUGGGGCACCACAAAAGGUCACGUAUAUACAAACCCAACCAAACUUUGUACUUGACAAAAUCUACAUGUAAACAUGUCCUAGUUUUUUUCUUGAAGAGUUUCUGAUAUGUCUGGUCUUCACCAGGUUCUCCAGUGCCACCAUGUCCAUAUUCCCUUUCAUGUUUUUCAUCCAGGUCCUUUUGUCAGUGACCUGUUUUGUGGUUCUUGCUUAUGCUUCAUGGUGUCCUUAUCAUUUUGUUCAACAAACCAAUCAACAGUUUGAGCAGAAAACUGAUAGGUUCUGGGAGUUUAAUGAGCAAACCAACAAUUGGGUUGAAGUAGAACUGCCUCAUGAUCUAGUCUCUUGUGUAAAUGAUAACUGUACUAAAGUGGGGUCGAUUAGUUCAACAACAAAGAAGAACAAUGAUCACUUAGAAAAAAAGCAUGAUGUUCCUGAACAAAGGGAGAGUUUGAAAAAGAAGGAUGAGGAGAAUUCUGAUAUGGUUCUGCCUCUGAGAAAGAGAAUUUCAUUGACUAGAAUGUCUGAGACAUCCGUUUGGGUCACUGGUGAAAGUGGCUCUAUCUACGAGAGGUUUUGGAAUGGAGUGCAGUGGGUGAUUGCUCCCCACGAUUUACCAGUAUUUGCAGGUCAUGCAGUCUGUGUGUUUAUUGUCAAUCAGACAAUUCUUGCUCUAUCUGAAGCAGGAAUUCUGUAUCAGAUGCAACUCAGUGAGAACUCACAGCCAGUUUGGGUAGAGUUCACACCUAUAGUAAAUCAAAGCAUAGAUAGAGAAGGGGAACAAAGUUCUGAGAUAUUAAUAAAGUCUGGUGCUGUGUCAUAUGAUGGAGUCAGUGUUUAUUUCUGCACAAGGAAUGGGACACUGUUAGAACUUAGUGAGGUUGAGCCUCCAAGAUGGGUUAAUCAUGGUCAACCACCUGGCGCAAAUGUUGCAGCAAUAGCUGAUGCUGCUACUGUGAGAACAGAAGUAGUGUAUACCAUAAGUUCCAUAGGAGAUCUUUAUGAAUAUGAUAGGAACUCAAAACCAUCAUGGAAGAAGCAUAUAUGGAGAGGAGCAGCUCAAGAUGCUUCUCUAAUUCCAUCAAUGGGGUAUACUUUAUAUGGCUUGAGUGGAGAUUAUUCAAUAUCCUUGUUUCUCUUAACCAAGGGUGGUAGUUUGGUAGAGAGACGACUAAAUCAAAGGAAGUGGAAAUGGGUAGUCCAUGGAAGUCCAAAAGGUCAGCACCUGACAUCUAUCACACCAGUUCUGCAAGAUGAGCUAAAUGAUAAGUUCUUCUCAUUGUUUCUCACCACAUCUUCUGGAUCCAUUUAUGAAUAUCAAAUACCAAAACAAUCAGGUAUUGCUCAAGAGAAUCAAAUUCCAGAUGCAUGGGUUAGUCAUAUGCAUCCCCUACAUGCAAAAGCUGCAAGAGGUAUUGCUGGCCUACAAUUUUAUCCUGGCAAGAUACUGUUCCCACUGGAUGAUGGAAGACUUGCAGAAUUGCAUCUACCAGGCCUAGGUGGUGAAAAUUCAGGGCCAACAUAUCAAGUUAAUUUUCGAAGAAAAGCAUCAACUAAAUAUAUAUGGUCAAUAAUUGAUGCCCCAGAGACUGAAGGAUGGAAUGCUGAGUAUUGCACAGAACAUCGUGGACCAACAAAUUGCAUCACAGGUGUAAAAGAUGAUUCAAAUGGUAUAGGAUUUAUGAGACCAAUGACAAGAAGGCGGAAGGGAACCCAAGAACAAGCUUACUUACCUUCAGGUACAUCAGUUAGUGAGCCAAUAAAAGCUAUUGAUGAAUAUACUUUCCCAGUCAAUUGGAUCAACACAAACUUCCGUCUAAGAGUGAUGCAUGGAGGCAGAUCAUUUUUCCUCAUAACAGAUGGUGGUUUGACUUUCGAAUAUCUUUAUACUGAAAAUGUAUGGCUGUGGCUGAGACAUGAUCACACAACAGCUAUCAAAGGUGCACUAGGAAAUUACAAUGGAAGUUUAUAUGUUGUUGACACAUAUGGCAGUUUGCUUAUUAGGGAAAGGAGCAGCAAUGACUUGGCGUGGAUAAAUUGUACUGCUUUGAGGAAAGGAAGGCAAGUUAUUGGAGGCCCUCCAUGGGAUGUAAUGCCAGGUAGAACUAUGAGAGUAACAGCAGAAGAUGCACUGUUCUUUGUGAGCAAAACAGGAAGAUUAUUACAGUUCACAGUUGCCCUGAGGAAAUUUAAAUGGAAAGAUUGCCGAAACCCUCCAAACACCAAAGUUGCAUCUAUAGUAGAUCAGGAAAUGUUCAGGGAAAAUAUAGUGUUUGUAGUUGGAAGGAACGGUCGGCUAUAUCAGUAUAACAAAGCGACUGAAUUGUGGCAUGAUCAUUACCAGUCUCAGCAUUUGACUCUAUCAAGAUUUCCCGGAACUGCUAUGAGGUCAUCGUCACUAUCACUUGCAGGCUCACUUUUCAUGCUUUCAGAAGAUGGUGGACUAGUUGAAUAUCAUUGGAAUACAUUCGAUGGCUGGAAUUGGGUGGAGCAUGGAACUCCAUAUAAAGGUGUGACCUUGGUUGGCUCACCUGGCCCAUGCUUUGAAGGUAAUCAACUGUUUUUAAUUGGUUCAGAUGGAAAAGUAUAUCUGAGGUAUAUGGAUCAAAUGACAUGGAAAUGGAAAAGUCUUGGAUUUCCAUAUAUGGGAAAUAAUGUUGUUGAGAAUCAAAGACAAGAGGAAGGCAAUGACAGGAAGGAAGAAAUUUGUGUUGACGAAGAUCUUGCAGCUAGCUUGGAGAUGAAUUCAGAAACCCUGAAUGAUCUUAGCAGUUACUGUGACCCAAAGGUGGCAUCUACUCGACCAAUUUUUUUUACUGAAGAUUCAGUAAUCUUUGAGCUAAGAGAUGGAAGACUAGCAGAAAUGCAACGAAUGGAGGGCACACAUUGGGUAUGGUCUCGUACCAUUGGCACACCAACAAGCUUCUGCAUGGAAAAUUAUUGGACUGCUCCAGCAUCAUGAAACAAAACACAAUCUUUUUUUUUUUACUUAGAAAGAACAUGAUGGUAGUCAUGGUACAAACUACACAUCUACAGCAUUCUUCAGUUAGCACAGAGGAGUCAUUCUGAACAAGCAGUAUACCCUUUUUUUUCAUUCAUGGAGAAAGUAGGAUUCAACCACUUAUACAAAGUGAAAAAGCAUAAUGAUGUAAACUUUUCUUGAUUACAUCAACAAUCAAAAUAA